GCCGCCUUCCAGCCAUCGCGAUCUGGCCGAUCUGGCCACCAUGGGCAGACCUCUUCGGGACGAAGGUAGUCAUGGCAUGCUGCAGGUUUGUCUCCAGGGCGUCUGCAACUUUCCCCAUAGGUGUUCGAACUUGCUAUACAAAUACACGGAAUGCCUUAAAAAUCAACAAAGAUACUAAGGUUAUAUGUCAAGGCUUUACUGGCAAACAGGGUACAUUCCACAGUAAGCAGGCACUCGAGUAUGGCACACGACUUGUUGCUGGCGUGUCCCCGGGCAAAGGUGGCCAGACUCAUUUGGGCCUCCCAGUCUUCAACACUGUCAAAGAGGCUCGGGCAGAAACGGGUGCCGAGGCAAGCGUCAUCUAUGUGCCGGCCCCUGGCGCCGCCAAGGCCAUCUUAGAAGCCAUGGAAGCUGAGGUUCCAUUAGUGGUGUGUAUCACUGAGGGAAUCCCACAACAGGACAUGGUGCGUGUCAAGAACGAGCUUAUUCAACAGAGCAAGACACGCCUGGUGGGUCCAAACUGCCCUGGCAUCAUAAAGCCUGAGGAGUGCAAGAUUGGUAUCAUGCCCGGCCAUAUUCACCAGAAGGGCAAAAUUGGCAUUGUGUCAAGAUCGGGCACUUUGACCUAUGAGGCGGUGCAUCAGACAACACAAGUGGGCCUUGGCCAGUCACUGUGUGUUGGAAUUGGUGGAGACCCCUUUAAUGGGACCAACUUCAUUGACUGCAUCGACAUCUUCUUGAAAGACCCAGAUACAAAAGGUAUUAUACUCAUAGGAGAGAUUGGUGGGAAUGCUGAGGAAAGUGCUGCAGAAUAUCUUGAAAAACACAAUUCGGGCGCGAGUGCCAAGCCUGUGGUGUCCUUCAUUGCGGGAUUGACAGCACCACCUGGUCGGCGAAUGGGGCAUGCAGGUGCCAUCAUAGCUGGUGGCAAAGGAGGUGCGAAGGAAAAAAUAGAAGCCCUCAAGGCAGCCGGCGUUACUGUUACCAAAUCACCUGCCCAGAUGGGAGCUGCCAUGCUGCAGGAGAUGCAGAAGCGUGGUCUGGCAUAGUCUCCAACUGAGAACACAUAGAAUGUUUGAUGCCAUGGACCCGCCGGUGAGCUAUGGCGCAUCUGGAAGAUGUGCCAAGUGGCCCACCGAUGGCUCACAUCGCGCUUAAAAUGAGACCUCAAGAAAGCAUGCUGCAGUGAACAUGUUAAGGAACAUGUCACACCAGCAGAUCAAUAGAAUAUGAAAAGUUAUUACACUAUUAUGUCUUCCAUGCAUGCUCAGUGUUGUUUCCCUAUAUGCAGUGUUGCAUAAACGGUAUCAGGUUUAUAGAUAAGGUGAAACUCCUCUCCGGUAUUUGUGCCAUCAUGUGGGGGCUUCUUUAUGUUCUUGUAAUUGGAUGACAGAGUUGGUCGGCAAGCAAAGCAGCAACUUCCAUUAAUCGCAAAAGUUACAAACAAAAACCGCUCACAGCACAGUUCAAGAAUUGUCAUGUUAAGCAACUAAGUUGUUUCAGAAUUAAAUGGGUAUACUUUGAUCAAGAAGGACACAACUUUUGAGUUUUACUAGACUUUUCUUUUAAAAGCAUUGUACUGGAUACAAUCAUUGCUGCAGUAUCCUCUACCUCUAUCUCAAAUACUUCUUGCUCGAGUAUCUGGUAUCGCUUCCGGAACAGUUUCAAUUAAUCUUUGCCCAGCCCUGAGCAGAGUACAGUAAAUGGUUCAUUGUGUACAUUUCUGGCAGCUAAAGCUUUCACUUGCAGUCGUGCUGCAAAAAAAUAUCUAUUCACAGUCAAAUGAUCGACAUUGUCAUGAAUAUGUAUGCACUGUAUUUAUUUAGGGUAACUCAGAGGCCCAAGAAAGAGCAUUGCAUUGUGUGCACGCUGGUGAAAAAGAUAUACACAUGCAGAAUUGCCAGUUCCGCUUAUAAUAAAUGGACUUGGGCUUCUUUUUUUGCCGAGUCGCUUGUGGAA